AUGGCUUCCACAUCCACUUCGCGGCAGAUCAAAGUUACCGUUCUUGCUGCUCACGGGCUCAUCAAACGCGAGGUUUUUCGACUGCCAGACCCGUUUGCCGUCGUCACCGUUGACGGUAAUAAUAACACCAGCCAAACCACUCAGGUCGUGAAAAGAUCGCUUUCACCGUCCUGGAAUGAACACUUUGAAUUCACCGUCAACGACCACUCUGUCAUCAACGUCCAGAUCUUUGACGCGUCAAAGUUUAACAGAAAGAGGGACCUUGGAUUCCUCGGAGUUGUCAACGUUCGCGUCGCCGAGCUCGAUCUCACCAAUCACGACGUUCACACCUUUGAGCUUAAAAAGUCCAACGACAACCUAGUCGUCAACGGUCGAUUGGCGCUCCAGAUUGUUUACAGCGGUUCAUCCGUUCCGGCACAACCCACAAGUGGCCUCUCAGACGCAUUUGUGACGCUUGAUAUUUCAUCCACGGCGAAUAACAACUCCACCCCCUCCCACACCAUUGAAAGCCCAAGCGCCGCAACUAUGCCGCACCAGCGCCCAGGAUUCCAAACCAUGGCCAGCCCAACAAACGCCGGUUGGGGCGUUCCGUCCAAUCAACCCUAUGGUACAAAUUCAGCACGCCCGACCUCUGCAGUGUCCAAUAUCGCGCCACAGCAGCCUGUCGCCAACCCACAGCCACAGCCGACGCAGACCAUGCCCACUGCUCAGGUGGUUUCAACCGUCCCCGGACAAGGUCCGACGGUCAAUUUCAAUCCAUACGUCGACGAGUACGGUCCGUUGCCGCCAAACUGGGAACGGAGACAAGAUCAUUUGGGCCGAAACUAUUACGUGGACCAUGUCAACCGCUCAACUACAUGGCAUAGGCCCUCAUUUAACCAAAACGUGAAUACGACGGAGCAAGCGACAGAGCAGAACAUGGCGCGAGAUCGCCAUCACCAGAGAGCACUUGUCGAUGACAUGCUCACCGACAACACGACAAGCAGCAGCCAGGACACCAAUGUCAACCGGCAAUCCACCGCGAGCUCGACUGUCACUACCUCGACCGCAGUAUCCUCUAAUGAUCCCCUCGGGCCGCUACCAGCAGGAUGGGAGGAACGACGGACACCAGAGGGCCGUGUCUACUUUGUUGAUCAUAAUGCCCGAACAACCACCUGGCUCGAUCCCAGGCGGAAUAGGGCCGGUGGUGCUGCUGCUCAGAAUAGGGGGACGGGAGCACCUGGACAGCAUCUCGGCCCUCUUCCGUCUGGAUGGGAGAUGCGCCUGACGUCGACGUCCAGGAUAUACUUUGUGGACCACAACACGAAGACGACGACGUGGGACGACCCUCGACUGCCUUCGAGUCUUGACGCCAAUGUUCCUCAGUACAAGCGCGAUUUCCGCCGCAAGCUCAUCUAUUUCCGCUCCCAGCCGGCGAUGCGUCCCCCAAGUGGAAACGUCCAUAUCAAAGUACGACGCAAUUACAUCUUCGAAGACUCGUACGCGGAGAUUAUGCGCCAGUCGCCCAACGAUCUUAAGAAGCGGUUGAUGAUUACAUUCGAGGGCGAGCCUGGUCUCGAUUACGGCGGUGUAUCUCGUGAAUUCUUCUUCCUUCUCUCGCACGAAAUGUUCAAUCCCUUCUACUGCCUCUUCGAGUAUUCGGCCCACGACAACUAUACCCUGCAGAUCUCUCCGGCAUCUGGCGUCAACCCCGAGCACUUGAACUAUUUCAAGUUUAUCGGUCGAGUCGUCGGACUCGCCAUUUUCCACCGCCGUUUCCUAGACGCCUACUUUAUCACCAGCAUGUACAAGAUGAUCUUGCACAAGAAGAUUGCUCUUAGCGAUUUGGAGAGUGUGGAUGCCGAGCUGCAUCGUAGCAUGUCGUGGACGCUGGAGAAUGAUAUUACAGACGUCAUCGAGGAGACGUUUAGCGUUCAAGAGGAGCGCUUCGGAGAGCUUGUGACUAUCGAGCUCAAGCCUGGAGGUGCCGAUAUUCCGGUGACCGAGGAGAAUAAGAAGGAGUUUGUCGAACUCAUGGUUGAGUAUCGUAUCACCAAGCGCGUGCAGGAGCAAUACACUGCCUUUAUGGAGGGCUUCAACGAGCUCAUCCCACAAGAAUUGAUCAAUGUGUUUGACGAGCGAGAACUCGAGCUAUUGAUUGGUGGUAUCUCUGAAAUCGACGUGGAUGAUUGGGCCAAGUUUACCGACUACCGCGGCUAUUCGACGGAUGACCAGGUCAUCAAGUGGUUCUGGACUUGUGUCCGAAGUUGGCCUCCAGAAAGGAAGUCGCGUCUCCUUCAGUUCGUCACGGGAACAUCGAGGAUUCCUGUCAAUGGAUUCAAGGACCUACAAGGCUCAGAUGGUCCCCGCCGCUUUACCAUUGAGAAGAGCGGUGAUCCUAGCCAGUUGCCCAAGAGUCAUACUUGCUUCAAUCGAAUUGAUCUUCCGCCAUAUACUGACUAUCAAAGUCUGGAACAAAAGCUUACACUGGCUGUGGAGGAAACUGUGGGUUUCGGUCAAGAAUAA